AUGAGUAAAGUUGAAGUGGCUCAUCCGACAGAAAAAAGAACUACUACUAACAGCAACUCAAACAAGGUGUCAAUUCUAUUGAGGAACAAGUUCAAACAAAAGUAUCUAGCGAUGAACUCGGCCUUUCCAAAUCACUACAGCCACCCUUCAAAGAAGAGUAAACAGAAGUUCAUAGUAAACAAAAGCUCCAAGGAUUACUUCAAGAAUGACCACACUAAUCAGUUCAUCCAUACAGGAAAACGGCCAAUCGAAAAUAUUCGAAAUAUUGAGAAUCCGGUAAGCGGAUACCCAAAACUGCAGCGUUUGCUGUCCUUAAAACAAGACCAAAUCAACAAAUAUCGAUCCAAACCUUUUGGUGCCCGAGUACCCACUGAGAAAAUGGUAGAAACAAUAGAUAGAUGGGUCUCAAAGCAGAAACUAACUUUUGAUGUCAUUAUGAUCGGUGGAUUGUCAGAAAACCAGUUCAUAUACCCGCUAUUGCUCAAUUUGCAACUAGACAAGUUGUGCUCCAAACCAGGUUUUCUAUUCUUUUGGGCUUCCACUCAACAAGUCCAGCAGCUAACUAGACUUCUUGAAAGUUCUUCUUGGGGUGGAAAAUUUAGAAGGUCAGAAGAGCUGGUCUUUUUGCCUGUAGGUAGAGAUUCGAAGUAUAUACCAGACAAAAAUGACAUACCUGAGGAAAGCUUGUUGCAGCAGAAGCAAUGGCAUUGUUGGAUGUGUAUCACUGGCACUGUUAGAAGAUCUACAGAUAGUCAUCUGAUUCAUUGUAAUGUCAAUACUGACAUUAUAGUGGAAAACACCCUAAUGACCUCCAGUUGCAAUAAUAUUGUUCCCAUUUCGAUGUAUGAACUAGUGGAAAACUUCUCAUCCUCUACAAGACGAUUGCAUAUUCUACCAGCAUCGGUUGGACUAGAACAUUCGUUGAAAUUACGUCCUGGUUGGGUUAUAGUGGGCCCUGAUGUCUUGGUAGACAACUUUGAUCCAUCCGUCUACAAACAGGAGAUUUCCUCUGUUGGUAGCAACGUUCCGUCCACAGAUGAGAUCGACCUUCUCCGGCCCAAGUCACCAAACAGAAGACUUUCCUAUUGUUAG